GGGCCGGAGCUGUGCAAAGGCCGAGAGACCGGCUUCUCUGCGGAGGACACCCGUUCUCUCUCCGGACCUGGUCUGGGUCGCAGCUCGGGCUUCCCGUCGCGGAGCUGUGCAUCUCCAAUCUGGAACCCAACCCGCGAGGCUCCAGUAAGUACGAAGCACCCACGCAGCGUGCGAACCGGCUCAGGGCGGACGGAGAGGGUGUCCCUGCUCCUGUGUAUCCAGUGUGCGUCUCCAUUUACUUAUCCCCUUAAUCGUUUAUCCACCCAUCAUUUAUCGGUUCGUUUAUUUGGCAUUCUGGGUGCACUCGCUGCGCCGCUUGUCCACAUCCUUCUCUCCGACGGUGUUGGAAAAUCCUGUGCCCUAAAGAAUUCGGACUGAGAUCCGAACGGAAGAGUGGGGUAGACGAGGGUGCAACCCCAGAGGGACCAUGUUCUACUAUCCCAGCGUGCUUCAGCGCCACACGGGCUGCUUCGCCACCAUCUGGCUGGCAGCAACGCGCGGCACCCGGUUGGUGAAGCGCGAAUACCUGAAGGUGAACGUGGUGAAGACCUGCGAGGAAAUCCUCAAUUACGUGCUGGUACGUGUGCAGCCCCCGCUGCCAGGUCUGCCGCGGCCCCGCUUCUCCCUUUACCUCUCAGCCCAGCUCCAGAUCGGCGUCAUUCGGGUCUACUCUCAACAAUGCCAGUACCUUGUAGAGGACAUCCAGCACAUCCUGGAGCGCCUGCACCGGGCCCAGCUGCAGAUCCGCAUUGAUAUGGUGGAGACUGAGCUACCCAGCCUGCUACUGCCUAAUCACCUGGCCAGGAUGGAGACUCUGGAAGCUGCUCCAGACCCCUUUUUUGGGAUGAUGUCUGUGGAACCCAGACUGCCCAGUCCCUUGAAUAUCCCUCAGAUUCGACACCUCCUAGAGGCUGUGAUCCCAGAGAGAGUUCUUGAAGAGAUCCCUCCUGAAGUUCCUAUAGAGCCAGAAAGGAUUCUGAUCACUGCACCGUCUCCCGAGGCCAUCACGCUCCUGGAGGCGGAGCCCAUACGUAUGCUAAAGAUUGAGGGUGAACGGGAACUCCCAGAGGUCAGCCGCCGGGAAUUGGAGCUGCUGAUCGCAGAGGAGGAGGAAGCCAUCUUGUUAGAGGAACGUCGGCUAGAGUACAAAGAGGAGCUCCUGGCCCCAGAGAGGGAGAUCGCAGUCCCCCCGCCCUCACCUCUAGCUCUUGCAGAGGUGGAGGAGGCUGCAGAGCUACUUCCGGCUGAGGUCCUGGCCCCUGAAGAGCUGAAGCCACCAGGCUGGGAGCCCGAGGCCCUACUUCCUGAGAUAACCCCCCCGCCGGAGCUGCGUCUGCCAGCCCCACCCAGCCCAGAGCGGAGGAGGCCCCCAGUCCCCCCACCUGCUCGCCGCCGCCGUCGCCGCCGGUUAUUAUUCUGGGACCGGGAGACCCAGAUUCCCCGGAAGGAAUUCCAGGAACAAAUGCAAACCAGAGCCCACUGCCGGGAGUGUCCAAUGGUGCAGCCUCCUGAGAGGAUGAUCACGAGCCCCGCAGAGCUGUUCCGAACCCCGACUCACUCUGGCCGGCUACCCCAAGAACUGCUGGCUUUCUGGACCCACUGUGCCCAGCCACUCCCACUAGCACUCCGGAGAAGGCCGCCCCCGGAGCUUGAGGAGGAGGAAGCUGAGAGGGAGGCGGCAGCUGAGGAGGAAAGGAGAAGGGCUGAAAUUCCGAGCGCUAUCGAGGUCCUGAGGGAGGCCCUGGAGCCCAGUGGGCCCCUCGUGCUGCCUUCAGAGAUCUCCCUAGAAGCGGCUGAGGAGGAGAAGCCCCGCAUCAGUCUCGUCCCCCUGGAAGAACGGUGGCCCUGGCCUGAGGCGGAGCUGCCAGAAGCCCCUGCGUUGCCCGUGGUGCCUGAGCUCCCUGAGGUGCCUGUGGAGCUGCCUGUGGAGCUGCCCCCAGAGCCUGAGCCGCUCUCGCUGGAGGCUGUGCACAGGGCAGUGGCACGGGAGCUGCAGGCCAACAGGGAGCCUGACUUCAGCAGCCUGGUGCCACCUCUCAGUCCCCGCAGGGUGGCUGCCCGGGUCUUCUACCUGCUCCUGGUGCUUGCUGCACAGCAGAUCCUUUGUGUGAAACAAGAGGAGCCAUAUGGGCGCCUCCUGAUCCAGCCAGGGCCCCGAUUCCACUGCGGUUAGAGCCAAUUUACAAAGCUGCCAGGGAACCGGCUACGUUAAACAAUGUCCUGCCUCACUUCUGAACACGGAUCUCUAUCCUUCCUGCUCCCAGAGCUACUGUUCAAGCAGAAAAUAAAC